UUACCUAAACUACUUCCCUAAUGUUAAGAGAGAGAGAGAGAGAGAGAGGGAGCAGAGUUGAGGGUCUUCAUUUUAUCCAGACAGUGUCUAACGCGUGGUUAGUGUGCGGAGCACAACAGUCCGUUGUCUAGGGCAUGACGGCGACUACUCAUGCAUAAACAGACAGGGCAGACAGACAACAGGAAAUAAUGGGCUCCAGCUAUACCUCAUAAACAACCGGCUUGUUGUUCUGUUCAUGUUUUAUCCAGCCAGUCGCUGUCUGAGUUGACCGAGUAUCGACCGUUCGCAUCUCGUCUCAGUCUUCUUUGCAUAUUUGCUCUUCAUCUCUCCUCUCUUUUUCUUCUUCACCAUGGGAUGUUCUUCGUCCAGCACACAGACUGUCGAUGAGGAGAAGAGACCGGGGACAAAACCCGAGGAGUCCAACGGAGACACAUUUGUUGUCAGGAAUGGUCACAUCUCGGAGGACACGGAGACCAUCGCUGACCAGAUGCAGCUUCCUGUCCAGAGUGCCCUGACUGAUGACUCUGAGGAACCCGUCAUCAUGGCCUCAGAGGCCCUGGAGACCAUGGGGUCUGGAUGGGAGGAGGACCAGGUCCUGGAGAUGCUGGCUGCAGCCGAGCCAGAGGUUGCCCCAGAAGCCCCUGCUGAGGCUGCAGCCGUAGAUGCAAAGGUCCCUUCAGAGGCUGUGGUCUUAGUAGAGGCUGUGGUCCCAGUGGAGGUGGCGGCCCCUGUUGAGGCUGUCGUGGUUGAGGCCGCUCCUGUGGCAGAGGCUCCUGCUGAGACAGUGGUGUCUGAGGAGGCCACUGUUGUUGAAACUGGAGCUGCAGUGGAGGUGGCUACCCUGGUCGAGGCAGCUGCACCCGUGGACGCUGCUGCCCCAGUCGAGGUGGCUGAAACUGUCCCAGAGGCAGCUCCAGCCCCGACAGAGGAGACCCCAGCUCCAGCCCCGACAGAGGAGACCCCAGCUCCAGCCCCGACAGAGGAGACCCCAGCUCCAGCCCCGACAGAGGAGACCCCAGCUCCAGCCCCGACAGAGGAGACCCCAGCUCCAGCCCCGACAGAGGAGACCCCAGCUCCAGCCCCGACAGAGGAGACCAAAGAUGCCCCAGCCCCUGUGGCCGCUGUCCCUGAGCCAGUAACCCCUGCUGCUGAGCCUGUGGCUGCUGUCCCAGAGGGGGCCCCCGCUGUGGAGGCCCCUGCACCCAGUGUCCCCAUAACUGACCAUGUUGUUGCUGCUGAGCCUGCAGCAGAGCCAAUAACCACCCCUGUGGCUGUGGAGGCCCCUGUAGCAGCCGUUACCAAUGAGCCUGUGGAGGCCCCAGGACCAGUGGAGGCCCCAGGACCAGUGGAGGCCCCAGGACCAGUGGAGGCCCCAGAUGUUCCGGUGGUUGUGUCGGAGGUGGCACAGGCAGCAGCGGCCUUGGUGUUGGCUGGAGUGGCACAGGAAGCAGAGAAAGACAAGAAACAGAACUAAGAAGAGAGGUCAAACUGAGGAGGCCGCUGUGGCCUGGGAAACACAACCUUCUUGGAUAAAACCUCAGUUUUUACAUUCAGAGACGAUUUGUAGAUAAGAUGCACAACCCAAAGACCAGGAAGUUAAAAACACACACACUCAUCUGCCACAACGAUGACAGACCAGGAAGUUAAAACACACACACUCAUCUGUCACAACAAUGACAGACCAGCUCAAUACAUAUUCCUGUCAGGGUGUGUCCCAAAUGGCACCUAAUUCCCUGAUGAGGGGAUAGGGUGGAAUUUCAGAUGUAGUUUGAGUCUUGUCACCAAAGUGCCUUCCCAUCCUGGAAAUAUGGAUGGGUCACUUUUCUUCUUCUAUUGGCAAUAACAUUGUUAAAGAGAAUUACCAUGUAACCUGGAGACACCUGGGCUUCCAACCAUGUAACCUGGAGACACCUGGGCUUCCAACCAUGAAACCUGGAGACACCUGGGCUUCCAUCCAUGUAACCUGGAGACACCUGGGCUUCCAUCCAUGAAACCUGGAGACACCUGGGCUUCCAUCCAUGUAACCUGGAGACACCUGGGCUUCCAACCAUGUAGCCUGGAGACACCUGGGCUUCCAACCAUGUAGCCUGGAGACACCUGGGCUUCCAACCAUGUAACCUGGAGACACCUGGGCUUCCAACCAUGUAACCUGGAGACACCUGGGCUUCCAACCAUGUAACCUGGAGACACCUGGGCCUCCAACCAUGUAACCUGGAGACACCUGGGCCUCCAACCAUGUAACCUGGAGACAACUGGGCUUCCAACCAUGUAACCUGGAGACACCUGGGCUUCCACCUGAACUCUCUGACUCCCAAUUACCUGGAGCCACCUGGGCUUCCACCUGAACUCUCUGACUCCCAAUUACCUGGAGCCACCUGGGCUUCCACCUGAACUUUCUGACUCCCAAUUACCUGGAGCCACCUGGGCGUUUACUCCCAAUUACCUGAAGCCAGCUGGGCUUCCACCUGAACACUGACUCUCUCUAACAGACAGCUGUGGUGAAGCCAAACGAUGCACUACUUUAGCAACAAACUGAAGUUGAGGUUCAGAGACAGACUACACUGUCACUUUAAGGUUGUCAAUAUGGAGUCAACGUUGUGUUGAACAGCUUCUCGGUGGGAAAAUGUUUCAUCAUUAAUACUACUUGACUUUUACUAGCUGCUCUGAAAGAGGAAGACAAGCCAAACAAUCUAACAACCUGUUCUUCUGGACUAGACUGAACCCUGCUGAUGUGGAACUCAACCUGUUCUUCUUGUCUAGACUGAACCCUGCUGAUGUGGAACUCAACCUGUUCUUCUGGACUAGACUGAACCCUGCUGAUGUGGAACUCAAUCUAACAACCUGUUCUUCUGGACUAGACUGGACCCUGCUGAUGUGGAACUCAACCUGUUCUUCUGGACUAGACUGAACCCUGCUGAUGUGGAACUCAAUCUAACAACCUGUUCUUCUGGACUAGACUGAACCCUGCUGAUGUGGAACUCAAUCUAACAAACUGUUCUUCUGGACUAGACUGAACCCUGCUGAUGUGGAACUCAAACUAACAACCUGUUCUUCUGGACUAGACUGAACCCUGCUGAUGUGGAACUCAAUCUAACAACCUGUUCUUCUGGACUAGACUGGACCCUGCUGAUGUGGAACUCAAUCUAACAACCUGUUCUUCUGGACUAGACUGGACCCUGCUGAUGUGGAACUCAAACUAACAACCUGUUCUUCUGGACUAGACUGAACCCUGCUGAUGGGGAAGUCAAUCUAACAACCUGUUCUUCUGGACUAGACUGAACCCUGCUGAUGGGGAAGUCAAUCUAACAACCUGUUCUUCUGGACUAGACUGAACCCUGCUGAUGGGGAAGUCAAUCUAACAACUAGACUGAACCCUGCUGAUGGGGGACUCAACCUGUUCUUCUGGACUAGACUGGACCCUGCUGAUGGGGGAAGUCAUUAAUGAAUUAAUGAUUACUUCAAUAUGGUUAUUUAACAGGUAGAUAAGGAACACUAAGAGCUUAACAGUAGACCUGGAGUGUACAGUGUAAUGUUGAGAAGAGAAUUUACACUGAGUGAACAAAACAUUAAGAACACCUUCCUCAUAUUGAGUUGUACCCCCUUUCGCCCUCAGAACAGCCUCAAUACGUCAGAACAUGGACUCUACAAGGUGUGGAAAGCGUUCCACAGCGAUGCUGGCCCAUGUUGACUCCAAUGCUUCCCACAGUUGUGUCAAGUUGUCUGGAUGUCCUUUGGGUGGUGGACCAUUCUGGAUACACACGGGAAACUGUUGAGUGUGAAAAACCCAGCAGCAUUGCAGUUCUUGACACAAACCGGUGCGCCUGUCACCUACUACCAUACCCCGUUCAAACCAUAGCGCCUGUCAUCUACUACCAUACCCCGUUCAAACCGGUGUGCCUGGCACCUACUACCAUACCCCCGUUCAAACCGGGGCGCCUGGCACCUACUACCAUACCCCCGUUCAAACCGGGGCGCCUGGCACCUACUACCAUACCCCCGUUCAAACCGGUGCGCCUGUCACCUACUACCAUACCCCCGUUCAAACCGGGGCGCCUGGCACCUACUACCAUACCCCCCUUCAAACCGGGGCGCCUGUCACCUACUACCAUACCCCGUUCAAACCGGUGCGCCUGUCACCUACUACCGUACCCCCGUUCAAACCGGGGCUCCUGGCACCUACUACCGUACCCCGUUCAAACCGGGGCGCCUGUCACCUACUACCAUACCCCGUUCAAACCGGGGCGCCUGUCACCUACUACCAUACCCCGUUCAAAGGCUCUUACAGCCAUACACAAUCCAUGUCUCAACUGUGGAAAAGCUUAUAACUCCUUCUUUAACCGGUCUCCUCCCCCGGUCUCCUCCCCCGGUCUCCUCCCCCGGUCUCCUCCCCCGGUCUCCUCCCCCUUCAUCUACACUGAUUUUGAAGUGGAUUUAACAAGUGACAUCAAUAAGGGAUCAUAGCGUUUCACCUGGAUUCACCUGGAUUCACCUGGUCAGUCUGUCGUGGAAAGAGAACAGGUGUUCUUAAUGUUUUGUCAACCCGGUGUCUGUUUAGUUCUCCUCUUUCUCACCUUGUUUGUUUCAAAAUGUCACUAUAUAUAUAGAUUCAUGAUGAGUCUGUUUGAGGAGGAGUCCUGAUCUCGAUGCAGUAGGACGUGAUGUCACUAUAUAUAGAUUCAUGAGUCUGUUUGAGGAGUCCUGAUCUCGAUGCAGUAGGACGUGAUGUCACUAUAUAUAGAUUCAUGAUGAGUCUGUUUGAGGAGUCCUGAUCUCGAUGCAGCAGGACAUGAUGUCACUAUAUAUAGAUUCAUGAUGAGUCUGUUUGAGGAGGAGUCCUGAUCUCGAUGCAGCAGGACGUGAUGUCACUAUAUAUAGAUUCAUGAUGAGUCUGUUUGAGGAGGAGUCCUGAUCUCGAUGCAGCAGGACGUGAGGUACCAAAUCGAGUGUAAAUGAACCAUUCAGUGUGAAAAACACAAUGGUUAAAAAAUUAAAUAAAGUUAUUUAAACUUUGAUUUCUACCUUUGUGUUAUUUAUAAUAACAUGGAGUUACAAGGAGCCGUCACUUGUAGGUUUCUACUUUUUACCUGUCCUCUCUUCACCUGGGAAUAAUCUGUUACCUUCACAGUCCUGAGCCAACACACACUACAGCUUCUCUCCCUUCAUACACAGGCACAGUCCUGAGCCAACACACACUACAGCUCCUCUCCCUUCAUACACAGGCACAGUCCUGAGCCAACACACACUACAGCUCCUCUCCCUUCAUACACAGUCCUGAGCCAACACACACUACAGCUCCUCUCCCUUCAUACACAGUCCUGAGCCAACACACUACAGCUCCUCUCCCUUCAUACACAGUCCU